AUGCGCAUAUUCGGUGCUGACGACGAUGCAGGCUGUCGUUCAGCAGGCUGUGGUACCGCCGGCGAGCUGGACCAAGACCUGUUCAUCAUCGCCAUGGGUGGUGAUGCCACCUGGACAUUGCCCUUGAUGCCCUUGAACCGGGUAUCCCGACCGCAGAGGCCGAGGCGCCGUGACGACAUCGACCGCGGUCAGCAGUUGCAGGAACAGACUGAUAUCAGGCACGCCCGUGACGGUGGCGCCGACGACGCGCUGACCGUCGAAACGGGGUCAGUGCCGGUCGACCCUGAAACGAGAACGGUGUGCGAUGGUGCAGGUAGAGACGUUUGGGCUGCGCAUUGGCGGCGAUCUGUUUCCUCGCCGAUCACCGUGGUCGGGGUCAGCGCGGUAGAAGCCGCCGGUGGUGAUACGCGAGCCGGUGACGAUGAUGUCGCGUGUACUCGCGCUCUGCCGCCUGUCCAUCGGGGGCAGCCGUCACGAUCGACUGCUCGUUCUGCGUCCUGCGUCGGUGUGGCCUGCGGCGUGCACCGGUGCGCCCAGCUCGGCGUGGCACGAUACAGGCGGCAAUCCUGCCGGGCCUGGCCGGGGCCAUCAUCGUCUGAUGCAGGCACAGCGCCCACGAUCCGUCCUCGUCACAUCAUCCUCUCCUCGCGUUCCGUGCUAGCCGAUGAAGUCAAACAUUGGAAUCUGCGGCGCCCUGCGGCGGCAGAUGACUUACCUUCUCGGGGAAUGCCCUAUCUACUUGCGUAA